UAGCUCCUUCUUAUCUAAUGGAUUUCUCUUUUAUAUAUAUAUAUAUAUAUAAAUUAACAAAAAUUCAAAUCUUAGUUAUAUUUUUCAGGCCAAUCCGGGAAAAGUUAAUUCCAGGUAAGUAACAAGAAACAGAAAAGAAAAUUUACAACAUUAAUUAUUGCUGGUUGAAACACACAAUUGCAGAAACCUAAUCAAAUUUAGAUGGAGAACAGAGUCUGAAGGUCUGAGGCGUCUGCACCCUUUGGUGGCACAAGACUUGCAUGGAAGACGCGGCACAGCCGACAAGAGUAACACCAGUGGAAGAGCAGGAAAUAAGGCUGUUGGGCAGGACUGCAAGCAGUAGUACUGAUCAUGCAUGUCUUCUUAGUCGCACGCAUGAAUGGGACACCACCUUCUCUGCAGGCCUUGGCCUUUCAGAAAGUAAAUCCCCAGCUUUGGGCACCACCCGCAGCCAAUAAUGGAGGAAACCGGAGGUCUUUUCUUCCUCCGGCCCUCCCUCCCUGCUCGAUGCGUUUUUAAGCGUCGUGCUUCAAAUGUUUCUACAAGAAGUCCGAGUUAUUGGUGGUUCACAAGAGGCGAGAGGGUGAGAAGGGAAAAUAAUCGACAAAGAUGUCCCCAUUUUGCACCUGAAACGAGUGAGCGUGUAACGCAAGUUAAUCGGUGCUUUAAGACGGAAGGAUGACUUUGUCUAAAAUGAGAAAGACGGAUUUGGGAGUUAAUAAAAAGAAAAAAUUCAUUCCGGGAAUAUCUCUAGAACGAAAGGAUUACUUUGAGAAAAUCUCAAAAAGUAAAUGGCGACAUCCAUGAUGAAAGAUCUGCGAGGACCCGUUUUUGAUGCAAGAAACAGCGUUGUCUCCCUCUCUCGCCCUCAUCUGCUACCGGAAACUUUGGUGAAAAUAGCAAGGCAUAAGUCUGAGAAUUAAUACGUUACUAUACGUGCCGACUGCGACAUGUCCAAAACAAGGAAUCUGGUUGCCGCAGAAGCGGCAUCAUCUGCAUACUUAUACAACAGCCACUCUUUCAUCCAAGAGCAGAGAAUAGAGCUUGCUAGAAACGAAGAAGGAGAAGGAGAAGAAGAAGAAGAAGAAGAAGAAGAUGAAGAUGAAGAAGAGUGUGGUGAUCUUCCCGGCACCCCUGAUCAGCCACCUCGUCUCAACCAUCCAACUCGCCAAACACAUAGCCCUUCGCCGCACCAACCUCUCCGUCACCAUCCUCCUGAUGCGCCACCCUUUCUCCCCUGCCGCCUCCUCCUCCUUCGUCGCUGCAGCCGCCGGUGACGCAGCUGCCUCCGGCCUCGACGUCCGGUUCGUCGAGCUCCCUCCCAUCCAACUCACCCAUCCGGAAGGCAUGCAAGGCCUUACUCUACUCUCUGUCUACGCCGACAUGCACAAGCCUACCGUCUUGGACGCACUCCUAUCCCUCACUUCCACCACCACCGUUUCUUCCUUCAUCGUCGACUUCGUCUGCACCUCCGUGAUCGACGUCGCCGCGGAGCUCGGCAUCCCGGCCUACGUCUUCUUCACUUCCGGCGCAGCUCUGGCGGCUCUCAUGCUCCACCUUCCUCACCUCGACCGAAAAAUCAAGUGGGAGUUCAGAGACUCGAAAAAUAACAUCGAGGUUCCCGGCAUGUCGCCCAUCCCAGCUCUGAAGCUGCCGUCUCCGUUGUUGGACGGCAGGGAUGGAGAGGAGUACAGGUGGUUCCUCUACCAUUCCCGGAGGUUGUCCGACGCCAAGGGCAUCAUCAUCAACACCUUUGAGGAGCUGGAGUGCAAAGCCAUGAAAGCUCUGCUACAAGGAAAAUGCGCCCCCGGUGGGCUGAUCCCUCCGGUGCGCGCAGUGGGUCCAUUGCUGGGACUGGACGCAGGCAUGGACUGCUCGGACCAUGACUGCAUCAGGUGGCUCAACCAGCAGUCCCACUCAUCGGUCGUGUUCUUGUGCUUCGGCAGCAUGGGCGCGCUGCCUGUGGAGCAAGUGAGGGAGAUGGCUCGAGGGCUUGAGCUCAGUGGGCACAGGUUUCUCUGGUCGGUGCGGACACGGCUGGGUCAAGGUCACAGGUUCAUGCCCUGUGACGCGGACCUAGACGAGGUGCUGCCGGCAGGGUUCGUGGAGAGGACCCAGGAGAGGGGGCUAGUGUGGGCGGGGUGGGUGCCGCAGCUCGCCAUUCUGUCGCAUCCGGCGAUCGGUGGGUUCGUGUCGCACUGCGGGUGGAACUCGACGCUGGAGAGCGUCUGGUUCGGGGUGCCCCUCAUCGGUUGGCCGCUCGACGCGGAGCAGAGGAUGAACGCGUUCGUGUUGGAGAAGGACAUGGGGCUGAGCUUGUGCGUGAGGAAGGAGGACCAUGUGGCCGACGGGCUGGUGAAAGGGGAGGAGUUGGAGAUGGUGGUGGUGAGUCUAAUGGAGGGAGAGGAAGGCAAGAGAGUUAGAGAGAAGAUGAAGAUGAUGAAGGAGAUGGGGAGGGCAGCGAUGCAGGGAGGAGGUUCUUCCGACUCCAAUCUGUCAGCUUUGGUUGAAGAAUGGACAAGCGGCAGUGGCGGCGUGACGUGCAGAUGAAGCUGCUGCUUCUUUGUCGGCCAAACAUGCUCUUUUCUUUCUUUCUGUCUUUCUUUAUAUCAUUACACGGUUUUGUCAUUUCACUGUCUGAGUUGUAGAAUUUGGUUGUUCUCACAGAAAAUUCCCUAUCAGUUCUCUAAGAAUCAAAGUGAGUACUGUUUUCUUGCC